AUGGUCGACGACGGCUGCGUCUACGUGGAGCCGAAGGGCGACGAGACGCGGGCGGCGGCGGCCUCCUUCGUCGCGACUUCCUUCGGCGGGGGGCCGGGCGACGGCGGCCCGAGCCUCGCGGACGCCGGCCUCCGCGAGGACGUCGCGUUUCUCAAGGACGAGGUGAAGCGGCUCCGCCUCGAGCUCGGCCGGACGACCAACGAGCUCCACGAUACGGAGAAUGAGCUCAAGGCCGAGGAGAACGAGCUCCACAAGGCGGAGGAGAACGGGGGGGUCAACGCGCUGGACGCGAUGGCCGAGGCCAUGGACGAGAUGGGCGGCGACGAGGAGGGCUUCAUCGGCAAGAAGGUCGACCGGCUCUACGAGAAGGCGGACGAGUCCUACUUCUUCCGCGUGCAGACCAUGAUCAUGUACAACGGCUUCAGCCCCACGACGUGCGUCCACUUCUUCUUCUCCAUGGCCAUCGCCGGGCUCCAGGUCAUGGCCAUGCAGACCGUGAGCCAGGGCAUCUGGCUCGCGAGCGACUUCGUGCGCUGGGGCGUCGACGACGACCGCCUCAUCGGCGAGUUCUACCCGAGCGGCGUGCCCUACCCGACGGACUACGACCGGCUCUUCUCGUUCUACGACGGCGUCAAGAGCGACGGCACGCUGCUCAUCAACUUCUUCCCCCUCGUCUUCUGCUGUAUCUCCGUGACCGUCUCCCUGCGGGGCGAGCUCGACGAGUUCAAGGCGGGCUACGUGCUGAUCCGCCGCAUCGGCCGGGACCUCGUGGCCUCCAUCUUCUCGCCGCCGCCCGUCGUCGACGCGACCGACGGCGACGACGACGACGGCGGCGGCGAGGGCGGCGGCGCCGCCGCGGCGUUCGGCGCGCGCGACCGCCGCGCGAGCCACAUCAGCGUGCUGAGCGAGGCCAAGGACGGCGAGGAGGCCAUGCCCAUCGGCCGCCUCGACAUGUCGGUGCGCCUCUUCUGCUGCCUCUGCACGUACUACGUCCGCGGGUCCCUCCUCUGGUACUUCGUCGACGUGUCGGCGCAGGUGCUGGGCACGGCCGACGGCCCCUUCAACAUGCUGCUCAACGCCGUCGCCCUCGUCUACAUCCUCGACAUCGACGACAUGCUCAGCGUCGACAUGCCGUCGAACAACUUCUUCGGCAUCGACGACCCGGAGCUGCUGAAGCGGUACAAGCGGCGGCUCCACAACGCGCGGGGCCUGUUCCGCGACGUCGUCGAGGCCGUCAAGGUCGCGCCGGAGUACGUCCUGCGCGCCUACCACGUCGUCGGGUGGUCCGUCCCCUUCGCCAUGUGCAUCUCCAUCUUCUCCAUCGCGAGCCACAUGCAGAAGCACACGCAGCGGGGCGAGCUCGUCGGCAUCGACGACGACAGCCACCUCGGCGCGGCCCACGAGCACCUCACGGAGCAGUACAACUGGUGCAUCUACGCGCUCCUGGGGACCGUGCUCGUCGACGUCCACAUGUCCGCGUCCAUCGCGUGCAGCGACCGCGACGACGGCAAGAGCUGGAUCGCCUACGCCAAGGGCGGCCUCGCCUUCGUCGUCGACGGCAUGAUCCUCAUCAUCAUCCGCCACCUCGGCGUGCGCUACGCCAUCUCGUCCCUCCUCACCUACAACCUCUCCUGGGAGACGUCGGCCGCGCGGUUCUGGGACCGCGUGAACCCCGCGCCGAACCAGCCCGAGGACGAGCCCUUCGACUGGGGGCAGUACACGAACAUGCUCAACCUCAAUUUCACGGCGACGAACUUCACGUGGACGGCCGACACGCUCGCCGCGAUCCAAUCCUACAUCAUCGACCACUGGGAGAACUUCGACUUCCGCAGCCACGGGCUCCCCGACCCGGCGGACUUCGAUUUCGAUUCAGCGGACUUCGCCUGA